AUGGAGUGGAAAAAACAUGGAACGGACUCGCACUACAUGAAAGGACACCACGAGUACGGGCAAAUCACGACCGAGACAGGUAGUCCGUUCGCGUUCGACGGCUUCCGCGUCAGGCAUUUGUUCAAGGCCGAUCCCAAGCUGUGGAAGAUAUCCCUUUCGGGUUUCCGUCGACCCUUCCGCGGCGUCGGUGAUCAACCCACCCACACUAUUCGCAACGAUCCCAACCCUCAGCGUUACAUGUUCGUGGACUCCCGGCCGGAACACAACUGGACCAUGUUGCAGAAGAAUUUCGAUUCCGGCGGCAUUGCCGGUGAAUUCUUCAUUGAGCACGCCGACGUCGACAAUAUUCGGAAGCUUGAGGCCAGCGCCCAACGACUCAUUGCCGCAGACUUCCUAAAUGGAGGAAAGAUGGAAGGGAAGGCAGACUACUGCAUCCCCGUUUACAUCAUCUGCGCACUCAACGGAGGCGAGUCCUACCUCGGCCUCGACGAUCACGACAACGUCAUUCGCACGGAUGCCCCCCACGUGUGGUACUUGGGCCGCGGCCGGAACGCAAUUGCGAAGAGGAACAUUUCGGACGCCGCCAUGAAGGUAUUCGAUCGCUCGGUGGCCUCGGCUGCGGCCGCCGCGACUGGGGUAUCCGCGGCUGCUGACCAUGGUGGCAGCUAGGGUGCUGCUCUUCCCCAUGUUCAGCGGAAAGUCCCCAACAUUCCAAAUAUCGGAGGUUUCUUGAUUCGACGCUCUGACUGAGCUUGCUGGGAUAUUUGUCAGGAGAAGUGCUUGCGGCUGGUUUCGCGGCGUGGCGAUUACAGUCGUAGUAGAAGUAAAGAAACCGGCGGCACCCUUGACCAGGCAUGUUUCGGACGGUGCAAGUACGGUGCGCGACUCGGGGUUGAGGCAAUAAUGUAGGGGGGUGCACGAGGGGCAUAUCCGAAUCCACUACCACUCCCUGUAAGGAGUUCGUGCGGUUGACUUGAGAUCCGAGGGCCAACACGCUGAAUCCCUCACCAAGCCGCUCAAUAGUCGUUUCGACUACAACAGAAAUACCGCAGCUUUUUUCAUGAAAAAAUCCUUGAUAUUGUUUUCGGUUUCGGGCGCAAACUAUUGUUUGACGCCUGCUGGGGUGCAACAUCAUGCUGGAAGAAGGGGGCGGUAAUGAUGUGAUACAAACACAGCCUUAGCAGCGUGUGUAGUAGGUAGAGGAUCUGAAAGUCCUGUCAUAUGGUUUUGGAUUGUUCUGGGCUGUUGGGUAAUCAAUACCACGCGUUUUUUUCUGCACUAUAAAAUCAUGAAUUCGAUAUGGAGUACGUAUUCGACGCGUGUUUGGCUUACACCAGAGUUUGUUCAACUUCGAGAGUAUGAUAUAAGCAGUAUAUUGGUGCGCGCAGUGUCGGGUCUGGGGGGCAGUUCGCUAUGGAUUUUGUUGUGGCGUUUGCAGUUGCGACGGAUCUGGGGGGCUGUUCGCCAUGCAUGUGUGGUUUUGCGAUAUUCUGUUCGCACAGCGGCGAGAGACUGAAUGCACGCGAUUUCAUGUAGGAGUCAGCUACAUAUACUGUAGCGGGGCCCGGCGUACGUAGCACGCUUGUUUCGUGUUUCUGUGAUGUUCCUCUUCGUCGGAGAUUUCUGAGAUUCUACUUCGUCGCAGUUCAUCUUGAGGCGGAAAUGGCUCGUGUUUGACGUACGCUAGUCUAUGUACGUAUGACUGCGUAGCAUAUAUAUUUGAUUCACACUGAAUCUUGAGAUCCAGGAAUCGCCUCCGAUGCGUUGAUAUGUACGGCAUUCCUGUUCGUGUUUGUUUUUGGUUAGUUUUUUUCUGGGUUUUGACUUGUUUUUAUUUUUGACCCGAACUUUGUGUUGCAUGCGAAAUUCAAUGAUAACUGCCGUAAUCUGCUGUUUGUUCUGCUGUCCAGAAGCAUGGGGGGGGGAUUUGUGUACCAUGUUUCUAGUCGCAGCACCUGCAGAGCAGAGUGCUUUUGGAGUUUUGUUCAAGUUGGAUUUGUUUCGUUAUGGUUUUCUUUGCGUUUUUUUCGUUCUGCUGUGUUUUGCGUCGAGAAUCAGGGAGAGGGGGUGAAUGUGUUGUCAUGAUUCCAGACGCACCACCAGCGAAUGCAUUGAUGCUUUGCUUGUGUAAGCAAGGCAUGUUUCAGCUGGGGGGCUGUUUCGUGCACUUUGAUGUUUUGAGAUUCUCUGUCGAUUGCAAAGGAGAGGGAGAAAGCGCAGGCAGAUCUGUACGUAUGUUGCGGGGAAAUGUUCCAGCUGGGGGGCUGUUACGUAUUGAUAUUGGUAUUGAUAUUGCUGUCUUGUGCCACAGUCAGUGAGAGAAGGGUGGCACAUAACUUGUUGUUUCGGGAGGUCUUGCAGCAGGCGAGCUGUUUGCAUGUUGCAAUAUUUUCUAUCGUUUAUUGGACAACAGCUGAGGCACCGAUUCGCAUGUGCGCGCUGUUUAGGAUUUGGUCCUUGGACGUUGCAUUGGAGGAAGGAUUUGACAUGUUUUGACGAGUAAUGGUUGGGGUCUUCGUACGUUCCAAAUGCUCGUUUUGAUUGGUCAAGACGUUGAAACUUCGUUUUGUUCGAGGAUGUUGUGUCAACUCUUUUGAAGCGGUUUUUCCAGAUCUGUCCGUCACCGUGCCGACGCUUUUCUGAUGUAGCGCAGAUACUUGUUGGGUACUCUUCUGAGGAUGAUUCUGUUGUGCUGACGGUUUGAGAUUAUAUCCAGGGGCGAGCACAUUGGGUUCGUGGAUAAACUGGUGGAGACGCAUUGUGUUCAAUGCUUACCCAGUUUUGUAGAGGAUGUUUCUCAAGUGGUUAUUUUGUGUUUUUGUAUUGGUUAGAAGGUAGUCACAAAGGACUCGCAGAUCGCAAUUGUUAUCAAGCAGGGGGGCUGUCUGGGGUACUUGGACAAAAUAUCCGAUCUGGAGAGUAUAUGUGUGCGGGGGGUAUGCUAUUGGGGGUCCAAGUGCGGGGCCCCUCGAGAGACUUGUAUUUGGGGAGAUAUUGCAGCAGGGGGGCUGUUUGCAUGUUACUAUAUUGUCUAUCGUUUCUUGGACAACAGCUGAGGCACCGAUUCGCAUGUGCGCUGGUUAGGAUUUGGUCCUUGGACGUUGCAUUGGAGGAAGGGUUUGACAUGUUUUGACGAGUAAUGGUUGGGGUCUUCGUACGUUCCAAAUGCUCGUUUUGAUUGGUCAAGAAGUUGAAACUUCGUUUUGUUCGAGGAUGUUGUGUCAACUCUUUUGAAGCGGUUUUUCCAGAUCUGUCCGUCACCGUGCCGACGCUUUUCUGAUGUAGCGCAGAUACUUGUUGGGUACUCCUCUGAGGAUGAUUCUGUUGUGUUGACGGUUUGAGAUUAUAUCCAGGGGCGAGCACAUUGGGUUCGUGGAUUAACUGGUGGAGACGCAUUGUGUUCAAUGCUUAGCCAGUUUUGUAGAGGAUGUUUCUCAAGUGGUUAUUUUGUGUUUUUGUAUUGGUUAGAAGAUAUUCACAAAGGACUCGCAGAUCGCAUAUGUUAUCAAGCAGGGGGACUGUUUGGAGUACUUGGAUACAAUAUCCGAUCUGGAGAGUAUAUGUGUGCGGGGGGUAUGCUAUUGGGGGUCCAAGUGCGGGGCCCCUCGAGAGAGAGCCCGCGCAUGUGUUCUGUCUAUGUUCUGUAUGUCUGCAAAGACUACUGUGUACAUUGUGCUGGAAGGAGCACGGGUGUCUAAUAAUCAAGGUUAUGUUCAUCUGC